UUGAGUACUUGUUUUUUGAACCAACUUGAGGUUUUAUCUGGUCAACAUGAAACACUCCUCUGGUCACGACAGAAGGGAGAGCCACAGUGCAUACCACCGGAACUCCUCCCCAGAAGACAGAAGUAGGGACCAAGAAAAACACAGAGAAAGGAAAAGGUCCCGGAAAUCCCCAUCUCCUGGAAGAAGAAGCCCAGAACAAGCAGUCACCCAGAGUUCUACUCAGGAAGAACCUGCCAUGAAGAAGAGGAAGGAUGAGCAGGAUCCACUGCUUACCCGAACUGGGGGAGCGUAUAUUCCUCCUGCAAAGCUCAGAAUGAUGCAGGAACAAAUUACAGAUAAGAACAGCUUAGCGUACCAGAGGAUGAGCUGGGAGGCCCUGAAGAAGUCAAUUAAUGGUCUUAUCAACAAAGUCAACAUUUCCAAUAUUAGUAUUAUUAUCCAGGAGCUACUCCAGGAAAAUAUAGUCAGAGGGAGAGGACUGCUGGCCAGGUCUGUGUUGCAGGCACAGAGUGCUUCUCCGAUCUUUACCCAUGUAUAUGCAGCUUUGGUUGCCAUCAUCAAUUCAAAAUUCCCACAAAUUGGAGAAUUAAUUCUAAAGAGACUAAUUCUCAAUUUCCGAAAAGGAUAUCGAAGAAACGACAAGCCACUUUGCCUGACAGCUUCAAAAUUUGUGGCACAUCUUAUAAAUCAAAAUGUGGCACAUGAGGUUCUAUGCCUGGAGAUGCUCACUUUGCUGCUGGAGAGACCAACAGAUGACAGCGUCGAAGUAGCCAUCGGCUUCCUCAAGGAGUGUGGACUCAAAUUAACCCAGGUGUCACCAAGGGGAAUCAAUGCUAUCUUUGAACGCCUGAGAAACAUUCUGCACGAGUCUGAGAUCGACAAAAGAGUGCAGUACAUGAUCGAAGUGAUGUUCGCUGUACGGAAGGAUGGAUUUAAGGACCACCCUGUUAUUCUAGACGGACUUGAUUUAGUAGAAGAGGAUGAUCAGUUUACCCAUAUGCUCCCCUUGGAGGAUGACUACAAUCCAGAAGAUGUUCUCAAUGUUUUCAAGAUGGAUCCUAGUUUCAUGGAGAACGAAGAAAAAUAUAAAGCUAUUAAAAAAGAAAUUCUUGAUGAAGGAGACAGUGAUUCCAACACAGACCAAGAAGCUGGAAGUAGUGAAGAUGAGGAGGAGGAAGAGGAGGAAGAAGGAGAAGAAGAGGAAGGAGGACAAAAAGUAACUAUUCAUGACAAAACAGAAAUCAAUCUAGUCUCAUUUCGGCGUACAAUAUAUCUAGCUAUUCAGUCAAGUUUAGAUUUUGAAGAAUGUGCGCACAAACUACUAAAGAUGGAGUUUGCUGAGAGCCAAACAAAAGAACUCUGCAACAUGAUUCUUGAUUGCUGUGCUCAGCAAAGGACAUAUGAAAAAUUUUUUGGAUUGCUAGCUGGGCGGUUUUGUAUCCUGAAAAAAGAAUAUAUGGAGUCGUUUGAAAGUAUAUUUAAAGAACAGUAUGAUACAAUCCAUCGCCUGGAGACAAAUAAAUUGAGAAAUGUAGCUAAGAUGUUUGCCCAUCUUUUAUAUACCGAUUCACUUCCAUGGAGUGUUCUUGAAUGUAUAAAGCUUAGUGAAGAGACCACUACAUCAUCUAGUAGAAUUUUUGUUAAAAUAUUUUUCCAGGAACUGUGUGAAUACAUGGGUCUUCCUAAACUGAAUGCAAGGUUAAAAGACGAAACUCUACAGCCAUUCUUUGAAGGACUCUUACCUCGAGACAACCCACGGAAUACCCGGUUUGCCAUCAACUUCUUCACGUCCAUAGGUCUCGGAGGUUUAACGGAUGAACUUCGAGAACAUUUGAAAAAUAUACCCAAGGUCAUCAUAGCCCAGAAACCAGAAGCUGAGCAAAAGAAACCCUCCCUGACCUCUUCGUCUUCAGCGUCCUCCUCGGAAUCUGAUUCCUCUAACUCAGACUCUGAGAGCAGCGAGAGCAGCUCAGACUCUUCCAGUGAAGGAAGCGACUCCUCAUCGUCCAGCAGUCAGAGCUCUGCCUCAGCUAAAGAUGCAAGAAAGAAGAGACGAGGGAAAACAAGAAGUGAAGAAGCAGAGAAAGCCACCAGGGGCCAGCAGACACGUGACAGGAGGCGCGAAGGAGGAAGGGAGGAUCAAAGGCACCAGGAAGGGAGGACUGAGAGAGCAAGGUCUGAGAGAGAUAGAACUCAAAACUCACGAAAUGCUGACUGGAGAAAUCCCCUAGCAAAGUCCAUGGCUGACAGAAGCCUUCCUUCCCAAGAAAAUAGUUACAGUAGAGUUGGGAAUGGCCGAGACCAAGACCUGCACAGAGAGCUGGAAGACAAGCAUGGUGAGCCAAGGAAGAAGCGACGGGAGAGAAGAGAGGAGUCUUUUUCUGAAACUGAGAAGCAAAGAACCCGAAAUCAGGACAGUGAGAGAGUCAGAAGAAAAGAUCGCUCUAAGUCAAGGGAAAGGAGGAGAAGACAUUCAGGGCAUAAAAGUGAUGAUGACAGGUAUCAGAAUGGUACUGAGAGACGAUGGGAAAAGUCUACCAGAUACUCUGACCACUCAAGAGAGUCAAGAAAUCAGGACCGGAGGAGAGAAAAGUCCCCAACAAGACAAAAAUAAUUCUAAUGACAUCUGAACAGGCCUUACACUCACUUCUGAUGUCUUUUCUACAUUGAUGGUUUUAUAGAGAACUCUUGUAUAAAGUACCUGUUUGUAUCUGUAAAUUUUAAAGCUGUUUUCUUUUUGACAUGUUUUAUAAUUGAUACAUCUCAAGGUCCUCUGUAAAUCAUAAAGAAAAGGGUCUCAACAGAGGGGUAAGUCUUAGUUUUGUGAAUAAAAGGAACAAAAAUGCUCAUUGAAUCAUUGAUUAUUUUUAAAAAAACAUUUUUCUAUGUGUCUCAUAACUAAA